GUUGCCGCCGCCGCCUCCGCCUCCUCCUCCGCCGCCGCCUCCCCUGACGAAGUUCGGUUCCGUGCGCGCGCCGCCCGGUUCCGGUUACGGAUGGACCUGUUCGGGGACCUGCCGGAGCCGGAGCCCUCGCCCCGCUCCACUGCCGGGAGAGAAGCACAGAAAAAAAGGCCUUUGCUUUUUGAUGACCUCCCGCCGUCCAGCAGUGAGAAGUCAGGGAAAGACGUCCAGAAAGGAUCUUUGCUUUUUGACGACCUGCCCCCGGCUAGCAGUGCUGACUCAGGGUCAGGGCCAUCUUUGCUUUUUGAUGACCUUCCACCUGCUAGCAGUGGUGACUCAGGCUCGCCCGCCUCUCAAGCAUCCCAGGGCCCGAAGAGCGAUGGGAAAGCCGCAAAGCGGAAAACCGUGGAGGAAGAGAAGAAUGGCAGUGAAGAGCUUGUGGAAAAGAAAGUUUGUAAAGAUUCCUCGGUGAUCUUUGGCCUUAAAGGUUACGUGGCAGAGAGGAAAGGGGAGAGAGAAGAGAUGCAGGAUGCCCACGUGAUCCUGAACGACAUCACGGAGGAGUGUAAGCCCCUGUCUUCUCUGAUCUCCCGCGUUUCCUACUUCGCCGUUUUCGACGGGCACGGCGGCGUGCGAGCCUCCAAGUUUGCUGCUCAGAACUUGCACCAGAACCUCAUCCGGAAAUUCCCCAAGGGAGAAGUAAUCAGUGUGGAGAAGACCGUGAAGAGAUGUCUCUUGGACACCUUCAAGCACACGGACGAGGAGUUCCUCAAGCAGGCCUCCAGCCAGAAGCCUGCCUGGAAGGACGGCUCCACAGCCACCUGCGUCCUCGCCGUGGACAACGUCCUCUACAUCGCCAACCUGGGGGAUAGCCGGGCCAUCUUAUGCCGCUAUAACGAGGAGAGCCACAGACACGCGGCCUUGAGCCUCAGCAAAGAGCACAAUCCCACACAGUACGAGGAGCGGAUGCGGAUACAGAAGGCGGGAGGGAACGUCAGGGACGGCCGAGUGCUCGGCGUGCUGGAGGUGUCGCGCUCCAUCGGGGACGGGCAGUACAAGCGCUGUGGCGUCACCUCGGUGCCUGACAUCAAACGCUGCCAGCUCACCCAGAAUGACAGGUUCAUCAUGCUGGCUUGUGAUGGGCUCUUCAAGGUCUUCACCCCUGAGGAAGCUGUGACCUUCAUCUUGUCCUGCCUGGAGGAUGAGAAGAUCCAGACCCGGGAGGGGAAGUCGGCCCUCGACGCCAGGUACGAGGCGGCCUGCAACCGGCUGGCCACCAAGGCCGUGCAGCGCGGCUCCGCGGACAACGUGACCGUGAUGGUCGUGCGGAUAGGGAAGUGAGGGGCGGCAGCGAGGGGGGGCUCGGUCUGUGUGCGCAUCUGUGCUCUGUGCUUGUAAAUAAAGGUGGUUUGUUUGUUUUUUCUAA